UGACACGAUAUUGGACACACUCGACUUUAGAUAAUGAUACAGUGAUCGUGCGAUAAUUUUAAGGGCUAAAUAUAAAAUGCUUGAACAUGGUAAGAUAGUAGUAAUGAAACCAAACAUAAUGAUGAAAUUGGUGGCGUUGUUAUUUGUCGUUGCAACAGUACUCUUUGUUAACUCGUCUCCUGUCCCCAAGGAUGACGCAGAAUAUAACAGAUUCUUCGAGUAUACUGGGGAAGAUGGUGAAAUUCACACCAUAGACUUAGAAGCAGAGCCAAAUAUGGAAGUUAUUGAAGAAAUUGAGAGGAAUCCUGCUAACAAUCAAUAUUUGCUCUUCACUAGGUCUAACCCCAACACGGCUCAAAGUCUUCUGAUCAACAACGCUGCCUCAAUCAGCUCCUCUAACUUCAACGCUCGACUGCCCACAGUCGUCAUUGUCCAUGGCUGGCUCAGUAACCAAAAUACAGAUAUAAAUCCAGUUAUCAGAGCAGCGUACCUUGGAAAGAGCGACGUCAACGUUAUUGUCAUGGACUGGAGACGGCUUGCCUUAUACGACUAUGCCACUGCAGUCCGUGGGGUUCCCGCCGUGGGCAGGGGUCUCGGAGAGUUUCUCAGGUUCCUGAGCUCUGUCACCGGAGCUGGUUUGGACUCUAUGCACUUGGUCGGCUUCAGUUUGGGAGCCCAUGUCGUUGGUAAUGCUGGUAGAGAGCUUGGAGGAAGAGUUGCUCGUGUUACUGGUCUAGACCCCGCCGGACCUCUAUGGAACUACAACUCAAACGCACUCGGCGCCAAUGACGGCAUCUACGUAGAAGCUAUCCAUACUGACGGCGGCCUUGUCGGUCUUGGCAUCGGAACUGCUAUCGCCAAUGUGGACUUCUUCCCGAAUGGCGGCAAUUCCCAGCCGGGAUGUCUAACCGGUAUCUGCGACCACAAUAGAGCCUGGGAACUCUUUGCUGCCACUGUCACGUACAACCAUCUUAUUGGCAAUGAAUGCUCAAGCAACCUUCAAAUUACUCUGAACAAUUGCCGCGGGAGGGAGUUCCCCAUGGGAAAUGAUGAUUUGAGAAAAUCUGGAUCUGGCAUGUUCCGUGUUGACACUGGACGAAGAUAUCCCUUCUAACCGCCUUGACCUCGUGAUAAAAAUGAUAAUAAAAUAAAGUAAUUGACAUAAA